GUCGCAGGACAUUGCCUCCGUGUCACCACCGACCUAGUAGCCCAUGGGCCAAGCUCAGCGGGAGUUAAGCGUGGAAGCAAACUAGUACCUGUCUCGGUUGUUGCCAAGAUGGAAGACAAAGAUACUUCAGACAGUCCCACAGACAGCCAGCCUGAGGAGGAGGAACAGACAGCUCUCCCCUCUCCUGGCGCCUCUCCAUUCUCGGCCAAGCUGAGAGCCAUGAUGCGCAUCCGGAACAAGUACCAGGCCAUGAAGAUGCGUCGCUUGGAGAUGGGCAGUGCACUAUCUGUGGCGGGGAGACCUUCCCUGCGAUCAACCAGCCCUGAGAUCUUCACCUUUGAUGGGGUAGUGGGCAACAAAAAUGCACCGCCCAACAAGAAAAAGAAGAAGAGGAGGUCACGGGUGCUGUUCCCCAAUGACAGCCGCAAGUUCCUCCCCACCGCAGAGCGCAGCCGGGCUAAGCCUUGUCUGAUGCUGCUCAGCAUCAUCGUUUUCCUCCAGGUCUACAACGCCAUUGAGAAUCUCGAUGACCACGUGGUGAAGUAUGACCUGGAGGGGCUGGAGAAGACACUGAGGCGGGAGGUCUUUGGCCAACAGGAGGCCACUGGCGAGCUCCUGUCACACUUGAAUGACUACCUGUCCACCUAUGUCCACAACAAGCCUCUGGCGGUGUCACUGCACGGGCCAACCGGAGUGGGAAAGAGCCACCUGGGCCGGAUCCUGGCCCGCCACUUCCACUCAGUGGUGGGCCAGCAGCUGGUCAUGCAGUACUACGCAAUGCACCACUGCCCCCUGGAGGAGAACGCCGCGAGCUGUGCCCGUGACCUGGUCCUCCAGGUGACCGAGGUGGUCAGCCGGGCAGAGAUGGAGGAGAAGAUUCCAGUCUUCAUACUUGACGAAGUGGAGUUCAUGCACGGCCAGCUGCUGGAUGCUCUGCACAGCUUGCUCCAGCCCAACCAGACCAAUGAGUACCUGAAUGCCAUCUACGUGCUCAUCAGCAGCCUGGGGGAGAGCGAGAUCACCAAGUAUGUGCUGCAGAACUCCUCCAGCGAGGUCCCACUGGGCCGUGGGGGGGUGAGGCAGCUCGGGCAGGAACUUGGCCCCCUGCUGCGCCUUUUCCUGGAAGAGCAGCACUCGCUGUGGGCAGAGGUGGACUUUGUGCCCCUCACCCUGCUGGAGAAAAGUCACGUGAUGGACUGCUUCCUGGAUGAGAUGACCCGGGAGGGCUUCUACCCUGAUCGUCUCCACGUCGAGCAACUGGCUGGGGAGCUCUCCUACUAUUCUGCCGGGGGGCGCCAAUUUUCGCGCAACGGCUGUAAACAAGUGGUGGCUAAGGUGAAUCUUCUGUGAAGACCUCAGGAGGAAAUGUGAGUGGAUGUGUGUAUGUAUAGAAAGAGUGUGAGGAACAUACACUUGCUUUCCUUUCAGUAGCCUGAGAGACUGUGGGGAACUGAUGUGGUGUGUGUGCCUUGGGCGGGUCAUCACACCUCCAAUAGAUGGAGGUCCUCAAGUGGAGGAACAGUGAAAGAGCUCACUUAGUCAUAGUCAUCAGAAUAUGAUGCAAAACAAAUGGGGGUGGGGGUGGCUAUGAUUCUGUUUACUGGAAAAGGCAUGCAAAAUGCCGGUCAAUGUGUCUUAUUGUUUAAUGUCUUCUUAACUUUUUUUGCUGCACCUCACAGAGCUGUAUUACUAUGAGCAAUUCCAUUAACAGGCAAAUCAUGGCUGGUUUUCUUCAGUGUUUACAGGGCCUACAUUACUGCAAAUACUUAACUGGUUCCCAGGGGCUGUUGUGGUGUUGCCAUGAACUGUGUUUGCUAUUAAUUGCUACAAUGUGCUCAUUUUGAUUGACAGCAUUGGCCAUGGGUUCAUCUGUACAGCUGUUGUGUCUGAAUACCUUAGAUAAUGAUGUUUUGUGAACUUUGGGUGCAACCCGCUACCAAACACCUCCAGCCUUCAGAGGCCCUGGAUCCAAAAUGUAUAAUAGACCAGGCGUCCCUGUCUGCUUGCUCUAAAAAACAUUUCUUUUGAAUAGCAGACUGCCUAAAGACAAACCUUAUCAGUCUUAGCAUGUCACGCAAAUCCAACUACCAGACUAAUGACUGCAAACUGCAUGAACAUGUUGGGUGGAUACAUUUGUCUUUUAAUUAAGGAAGAAAAAGAGGUCGCCAAGAAUAAAAGCUUCAGAUGAAAACUUGAAAACUUUGUCAUCCAUCACAACCUCACAGGAAAAAUCAACACUGAACUGAAAUAGAGAUUCAUAUGCUGUAAUGUAGUGGGUGAAAUCUGUGAACAAAUGAUCUUCCAGUCUGC